AUGCCUCUUUGUAAAUCAGGCUGUGAAAUUGUUUGCCACUUUUGCACUGCUGAGAACCAUAAUGUGUCAUAUGGAGAAUUCAAAGACUUAGUGGAAUCCAAGGCUAUUCAGCUCAUCGAUAUUACAGAGAAAUGGGAAAUUGGAGAACAUGGAAAAAUCCCAGGGUCCAUCCACAUUCCAUUGGCCCAGGUUGUCGAAGCCCUGCAGAUGAACCCGGAACAUUUAAAAAAGAUAUACAAUCAAGAUAUGCCUUCUAAAUCAGACCAUUUAAUUUUUGUCUGUAUGGCAGGUGUGAGAAGCAAGCAAGCUCUAGCUGCCACAAAGUCUUUAGGUUAUGACAGCACUAUAUUGGUGGCUUCAAAGAAUGGGCAGAACGCAAGUCUUCAGUGA